AGGAACAGAAGAUAUUGUUGCUCCUCAUGGAAUUCCUGUUGACUUGCUUGAUAGAAUUCUAAUUAUUCGUACGUUGCCAUAUACAUUGGAAGAUAUCAGAGCAAUAGUGCAGAUUCGUGCGAAAACAGAGGGACUAACAUUGUCAGAUGAUGCUUUAAAUCAUCUGGCUGAUUCGGGCAUUAGGACAUCAUUGCGUUAUGUCAUCCAACUACUUACUCCUGCUAGUAUACUUGCUCGAACAAAUGGACGCGAAAACAUUACUUUAGAAGAUAUAAAAGAAGUAGAUGAUUUGUUUUACGAUGCCAAAUCGUCUGCAAAAGUUCUUGCUGAAUAUCAAG